AUGGCAAACACUCACAACACAUCCGACUCGUUUGAGGACAUCAUGGUCCAUCCUGCAUUUCGCAAGGCCACUGACCUGUGUCCAGCCGAGCCCUGGAUCUCUGCCAUGGCUUCAAUCAACACUCUGGUAAAGGAUGGCAUGACCAAGGACCUGGUGCUCGUCUUUGAGGGCGAAGCAGAUGGAGUCAGGCGCUAUAACGGUUUUGAUGACCUUUGGGACGCCAAAGGCGACUGCAAAGUCAGAAUGGACAGUCAAGAUGUCUGCUUCGACAGCAAAAUCAUCUUCGGAACCAACUCGCAAGAUCUCAUCUCACUGAUCUCAGAGGGCACUCAUUACCACUUCAAGUUGCCCCCACUUGGCGAGGAUAUGGAGAAGGUCGACAGAUACAACCUCGCUGUUCGCAACUUCAUCGCAACCAUCAUCCACAAGCCCAUUGUCGGAUGUGGUCUGGUGUCCGCUCUGAAGGAUCUUCAGAUCAUUGUCAGACACGUCUUCAAGUUGCAGUUUCAACCAGAGAGGGCUGCCGACUUCGUCCGAGAUUACGUGCAGGAAAUGAAGCUUGACAACUUCACCAACAGACCUGCCGACAUAGGCCGAUUCCUGGCAUGGACAGAAGAGGCUCGCUGGUCAAGAGCCUAUGUCGAAACUUUUGCUCACUGCGUGGGCAUGCUCAACUGCGGAGUCCUGGACCACGAAUCUCUGGAUGCUCUUUCGCCGACAACCCGUGCUCUCCUGGAGCACAGCUGCACGCGCAUGCACUAUCGUCUCUCGUCUGCCGAGAUGCACAUGACCAUGUUCGGCAUCGAUUCUACCGUUUUGGAUGGGCUCGAGGAGCAUCCUGGUGUCAAACAGUCAAUCACAGCUUUUCAAGGCUUUCUCAAGCAGUAUCAUGCUCAGGUCUAUGGAACAUGGCCACCACCCGUGCACCAGAACAGUGGUCACUGGUUGACUCGCUCGGUGGCUCAACGCUUGCAACAAGACUUUGGCAAUCUCUAUGAUCUACUUGUCGACAAAGACGUCCACAGCGGACUGACUGCUUCCGCUCAUGCUAAUUCCUUCAGAUGUGCACUUGACCGAAGACGGCUUUUUGCAUCAUGGAAUCGUCAGAGCGGUUUCACCUCCUUGUCACACUCUGAACCCAAGGCACCGGACUACUCUCCUACCAGGGUCGUAGAGCAAAAAGAGGAGAAGGGCGCUAGACGCUCGUCCCUCAUUCCAGCUGUCCAGAAACACCGCAAGAAGGCUCCAGACCUCGCCAGCAUCUACACACGUGCUAUCAACGCCGAGACAUACAGUAAGCAAACUGACGCUCUUGGUGUCCGUGUACAGGCUAACCCACAAAACANNGUGUCUACAUUCUGCAAAGCCUUCCUGAACCACGAAGUCUCGACCAAAAACCAACAGAUGGACACGCACGAAGGUCGUCUCGGCCGCUGGAUCAUCGUCUACUGCAUGAUGCAGCUUCUGUCCAGAAUCGCCGUCGACAUUCAAGGUGUUCGCUACACCCUGGGCGUCGAGUAUCAUCUCAAGGCCGAUCUCGACGGCACUCCACCAUGGGACAUCAACGACUUUCCGGAAAGCAUGCGUCCAGCUGGUCCUCAGUACGCAUGGGCUGCACUGUUCGCGAGAGUCGCCAUGCCGCCACCCGCCUUUAAUAUUCCUCAGAGAAAGGCGGCCAAGGCCAGGUUCAAGGCCGUCCAUUUGGCUGAUGGCCGUGUCAUGCUCAAGGAUCCUGAUGGCCACGUUGUCUUCAGAUAG